AUGUUUGGUCGGUCUGUUCCGCCACCGCUCAACCGCUGUGAUGCCACGGCAUCCGGGUGUCGGCAUCCUGUUGUGCUGCGGAUCGUGGGAGGUGGCGAUCACCCACCGGCCCUGUUGGCCACGCCGCCCGUGGCCUGGGCGCCCCAGGGGCGCUGGGCCCUUCGUGACGUGAAGCGCCACGUGGUCGUGGAGACCAACGGCAUCGUGCGCCGCUCGAGCUGGGCUCAGCCACCAAGCCUCAAGGUGAAGUGCCACACCACGAAAGGCCUUUUGCAUCUUCAAUUGGAUCCCUCGAAGUCUCCUGCAGGAGUGCGGCGCUUCGUGGAUCUCGUCAGGGACGACUUCUUUCGAGACCAGGCGAUCUUCCGUGCUGUGCGUGGAGUCCGGGCCCAAUUCGGCAUCAGCGCCUUGAGAGAAACGGCGGCGAUCGCGAACGCCCGGUGGCUCAGUUAG